AUCAAAUCCAAAUGACAAUACAACAAUAAAUCAAUGGAUUAUCAUAAUUGCGCAAGAAUUUGGAUUAUACAUAAACACUCUCACUUCUGGAUAAGUUUGUUCAUAACGAAUUAUUAAACAAACAUGACAAAAUGCAACCCACAUUACUUUGGAAAGACUUCAAACCAAAGGAAUUGAGAAAUGUGGUCUAUAAGCAAUAAACAUUAUUGCCUUCAACCAAAAUCACCAAACAUAUUUUCAUGAUGAUUCUUCUUCUAAUUCUAAUUAAUCACAAAACCAAAAUGAUUAUUGACCCGAUCAACGCAGAAUUAAAUAAAUACUAAAUUCUGAGAUGUCAAACAUCAUAAUAUUGAAGGUUAACAACUACGUUUUGGAACAUAUUCGAUACAUUCAAUAUGGAGCUAAAAAGUAUAAAUAUGAUAUCACCAAUUAGCUCUCUCUUGACUCUUGAUCAUAUCAUCAAAACAACACCUUAUGAGCAAAUGGCUUAUGUUCACCUACUCAUCUCUCUUCUCAUCUUCAUUACCUUCAAAUCUUCAAUCUCCGUCGUCCCUGAUCCACCAACACAAAACCUAAUCAACAGAAUAUGCAAACAAACCAUCGAUUUCAAGUUCUGCAAUCAAACAAUCACAUCUCAGCUGAUCAGACGACAAACCUCAAUCAAAACAAUCGCGAAACUAACGGCAGCUAAAGCAUGGAUCAACGCGAUACAAACGCUUGAUAACAUCGAAGAUUCUCUUCUUCCGAAAGCGAAAGAUAAACGAGACAAAGCAGAGUUUGAUGCUUGUAGGAAAGCUUAUAAGUUGGUGGAUGCUCAUUUAGACAACGCUUUGAAGUAUUUGUAUUUACGAGAUUAUAGAUUCAUGAGAGCGUAUCAAGCUCUUGCACUUGUGAAUAUUUCCAUGUGUAGGACGAGUUUUUUUCAUCCGACGCCUAUGGUUUAUGCGAAUUGGAACAUGAAGAUGUUGACGGAUAUCGCGAUUUAUGCUGGCAAGAUUCUUUCUCCUCCUCCUCCUCUUAGGAAGAAGAGCAAGUCGCCAUGAAAGACGUCAAUUUUGAAAGUUGGAGCUUUGUUUCUCUUUUAUUCUUAUUAUUUUUCAAUCAAAUAGUAUUUUUCUGAAUUAUUUCAGACAAAAUUCCAAAAUUUUUAUAUAUAAAAAAUUUUUCUUUGUUAUUUAGGGGAAAGUAUAGGUUUGAGUCAUUUUUUUUCUAUAUAUACUUUUUUUCUUUUCUUUGUAACAUUUUUUUAUAUAAAUGUAAGUUGCCAUAAUUUUGGAGAAAUGAUUAGCAAAGAA